AUGAAUACUCUCUCAGAAGCCUACAAAACACACCCUCUGAAGCUUGGUGAUAUCAUCCCCUUAGACUUUUCUUCAUCACCGAGUUUACCCGAUUCCCACGCAUGGACCCAACCCAAUGAUGAUGGUGAUGAAUUCUCAUUCAGUGAUCCUGCAUCAUCAUCAUCCAUACCCAUCAUAGACCUCAUGGAUCCGAAUGCCACCAAACUCAUAGCCCUUGCAUGUGAGAACUGGGGUGCCUUCCAUUUGAAGAAUCAUGGCAUACCCUUAGAUGUUAUUCAGGGUGUGGAAGAAGAGGUCCAACGCCUCUUCUCUCUCCCUUCUGAACAAAAAAUGAAGGCUCUUAGAUCCCCUACUGGUGCCACUGGAUAUGGCAUAGCACGGAUUGCACCUUUCUUCUCCAAGUGCAUGUGGCACGAAGGAUUCACCAUCAUCGGCUCUCCCUCUCACGAUGCCAAAAAGAUAUGGCCUGAUGAUUAUGCACGCUUUUGUGAUAGAAUGGAGAAUUAUGAGAAGCAAAUGAGGAUUAUAGCGGAGCGACUAACAGAGAUGGUGAUGGAGUUGCUGGGGAUUUCUGAGGAAAAAAGGAAGUGGGUUGGUGCAAGCGAGGCAAAUGGAGCUCUUCAGUUGAAUUUCAACCCAAGUUGUCCUGACCCGAACCGAGCCAUGGGUUUGGCUCCUCACACUGACACUUCAAUCUUCACAAUCCUUCAAACUCCAUCCACUGGUCUGCAAAUCUUCAAGGAAGGAAAAGGGUGGAUCCCUGUGAACCCUCACCCUGAUGCUCUCAUUGUUCACACAGGCGAUUUCUUACACAUCAUAUCCAAUGCACGCUUCAGCUGCCCGGUUCACCGCGUGAUGCUGAAUGAGAAGAAACGUUACUCCGUGGCUUAUUUCUACUCUCCACCCAUGCAUUAUAUGUUGUCUCCCUGCGUGAGUAGUGAUCUUAACUCUGUUGCUCGUUUUCGUGACGUGACCGUGGAGGAGUAUAUUGGGAUCAAGUCUCAGAAGUUUGCAGACUCACUGUCUUUCAUCAGUACUUGA